AUGGCGUCUUUUAUGCGUCUCCUCACCUUUGCUGCCCCUGGAGUCUACUUCCCCAUCAGCUCCCAAAUUCCCCCUAUUGCCAGAAUCGGAGAACCCUUCUCAUUUUCAACAUUUACCUCGACAUCAGCUAUUACAUACUCCCUCACCAACUCGCCAAGAUGGCUUUCGAUCGACAGCGAUGCACGGAAACUCUACGGGACACCAAAGGAGACUGAUGUUAGCUCGGGCGAUGUAGUGAAUGUUCCAGUUGGAUUGACAGGCUCGACAACACUCGACAUCACUCUGAUCGUUUCAAGGAAGGCCGGUCCUAAGCUCGAUAUUCCUCUCAACCAACAGAUACCGGGAUUUGGCUUUUUCUCUAACCCCUACACCAUCCUGAACCAGUUCUCUUUCGUGCUGGACCCAAAGACUUUCUCAACAUCCUCUGACAAGCCCUUGGCAUACUAUGCAGUCAUGUCGGACAACACUCCUCUUCCGGCCUGGAUAUCGUUUGACGCUGGCCGGCUUGCUUUCUCGGGACAAACUCCAUCUUUCGAGGCUCUCAUAGACCCACCCCAGACGUUCGAGUUCCAACUCCUGGCCACUGACACACCUGGGUUCGCCGGUGCCUCUCUGAGGUUCAACAUUGUGGUCGGGAACCACAGAACGACAGUUGUCAUCAAUACAACGGCCGGGGAGCCCUUCUCAUAUGGUGGACUGCGGGAGAGCAUCGAGGUCGAUGGCCAACCCAUGACUUCUGGCGAUGGUUUGAUUGUGGCCUCUACCUUCAAUAUCCCGUCUUGGCUCACGCUGGAGAUGGACAGUUUGCGCAUCGCAGGCACCCCUCCCAUGGUAGCAAAAUCAACCAACUUCACCAUUGCACUCGAGGACAGAUUCAAUCUGACUGUCAUGGUUCAGGUCAGCGGCAAUCAAGCGCAAGCCUCUGGCAUGUUGAAGGAAGAGCUGCCUGUUAUCCAGGCACAGGCGGGCGAGCACAUAUCUUUCGAUCUUGCCCCCUAUCUAGAGGACCCCGAUGGCACAGAGAUAGUUAUCGAUGACGGUGCCUCGCCCUCGUGGAUCCAUGUCCGCGAAGGAACCAUUUUCGGCGACGUACCAAACUCGUCAAAAGACUCCAUCGUGAGCGCUACGAUAAGGUUGACUUCGAAAGCUUCGGGAGCAUCAGAGUCAAUCUUGCUGAGCGUGCACAUGCUGGCGGAAUCCGGGGACACGGCAGACACGACAGACGCCGCUUCGGGUCCGGGCUCGACAUCAACUGGGGAUUCGGGCGGAACUAAGCCUAGUCGAAAGCAUGCACCUACUCCCGUCGGACUCAUUGUGCUGGUUACUAUCCUUCCUGGACUCUUGCUCCUCGGCGCCCUUAUGAGUAUGCUCGUCUGUUGCCUCAGGCGACGAAGAGAAGUCAAACGGCCAAAGCUCAGCACCCGUGAUAUAUCGGGCCCUCUUCCGGGAACUUUCACCAUCAAUGUCACAGGUCCAGAUGGGCAGAGUUCCAUGGAGCACAUAACAGGACCACACAACACGCAAAGCACGAUAGGUCAGAUGUCAAUGGCUGAACAGGACCGGAAGAGUGACCUUGAAUCGGGUAUCAGCCGCCACCCAAGCUUCGAUGGUGACGUGCCACGCCCGCUCAGCACAAUUCGCAUGCUGCCUACCAACGAAGAACUGCUGCCGGCGAGCAGUAGCCUUCUGGAUGUCACAGGUUCGCCUCUCAUGUCCGGUGCUGUUACCGGAACUCCACGAAAUCGGCGGCACGAGAGAACUCAGACACUCCUCAGUCACAUAUCGGAGACUAGCUACUAUGAGGAGCACUCCGCAGGAAUCACCAUUGACAAUACUCUGGAGUUCCUCGGCAACAGCAACACAAGAGGCUCGUUUCGGGACGGUGUUGAAGUCGACAUUCCGUGCCUUGGUGAUGUCUCUAGCAUCCAACCCACCCCUAACUCUGCAUACACGGGCGAGUCAUACUGGAGCAAACUAGGUUCCGGCCCAUCUGUCCACAACAGAUCUCCUGCGAUAGGCUCGGUUCAUGAUGACCCUUCAAGCACUGCCCGGAUCCACCCAGCCAUGCUUGCGAGAAAGCUCGUAUGGCCUUGGUUCAAAGGUCGUGUCAUCAGUAUUAAGGGUGUUGCUGAGAAGUUUGGGAAAGCAGCACAGGCCGGUCUGCCCAGUCUGUCCAGUGUCCAAGCGUCCUUACACGACAAGACACCAGACACAUCGCUGUCUGAUAGCUCGGGCAUCCCCGACUUCCCAACGCCGCCGCAAGGGGCGAAGCGGCCCAUAAUGGCCAAACAUCCAAGGCCAGUGACGCGAAGAGCAGUUGGCACAGGGCGAGUCAUCAUCCCACGACAGAGGCUAGUGUCGACAAAGGUCGAAGUAGUGGGAGGUCCGACUGAAGACAGUCACAAACCACCACUGAACGAGAAGCAAGCUUCACCCACGUCUAGCUUCGACCGCCCUUCCAGGAACUCACUUGGGAUCUCCUACGCAGACAUGGUAUCCAACUCACCCUUCCACCAGUCAAGCACAUGGUCAACAAUACCCUCCAGUCACGAGUGGCACGACGAGACAAUACAGAGCCUUGAGAAUGCCGACAGCAUGCUACCGAGCUCCAGUCUCAGACGCUCAAGGUCGGCAUCACAGCCAAACUGGGCACCGUACAAAGACUCGCUCUCCAACAUCAAUGAUGCCGCAAGCUCCAAGUACCCGCAGAGUCAAUGGUCCUUUGCCCCUAUCCCACGGCCUAAACCUCUUGGUGAUGCAUCUUCUAUCGCCUCACAGGGUUUGUCAAACUCGGCGAGCGGGCAUGCCCGCGCUCCUACUCUUGGUUCUGUCGGGUUUCCAAAGGCGCCUUCGUCGUUUUGGCUUGAUGGCGAUGGGAAUACGCAUAAUGAGGACGCGGAAAAGGAGAACAAAUGGGCAGGCGGGACGAGUGGUUUUCUUAAUGGAAGGUUUCGUUGUUCGAUGACGCUCCAGUCGGGGAGACCGACCUGGCUGCACAUCCAUCUUCCCGUCCCUCCAGCCAAAGAACCCAAUCUUGCCAACAAUCUGCUGCAAUCCACUCCCGAACAGCAAACCACCACUUGCACCUCCACCCCUUUCUCGACUCGAGCUUCUCCUCCGCAAAAGUACGAUUACAGUUCACUUUGUCACGAGCCUCGUCGCCGACUAUACCACAUUACCACACCCACUCCCAAACCACCACUCUCAGAUCUCAUCAUGGGCCAGACGCUUUCUGAGCCCGUCGUCGAAAAGGCGUCGGCAACUGGCGGGGAUGAGCGGCUCAUCUACGGCGUGUCGGCCAUGCAGGGCUGGCGUAUCAGCAUGGAGGACGCGCACACGACAGUCCUCGACCUACUAGCCAACAACCCCAAGGAGGCCAAGGAACACAGCCAAAAGCUCUCCUUCUUCGGCGUCUUUGACGGCCACGGCGGCGACAAGGUGGCAUUAUUUGCGGGCGCCAACAUCCACGACAUCAUUGCGAAGCAGGACACAUUUAAGACCGGCAACUACGAGCAGGCUCUCAAGGACGGCUUUUUGGCGACUGACCGGGCAAUUUUGAACGAUCCCAAAUACGAGGAGGAGGUUUCUGGGUGCACCGCAUGCGUCGGUCUUAUCACCGAUGAUAAAAUCUAUGUGGCCAACGCUGGCGAUUCGAGAGCCGUAUUGGGCGUAAAGGGCCGCGCGAAACCUUUGUCUUUCGACCACAAGCCCCAGAAUGAAGGCGAGAAGGCUCGUAUCACUGCCGCUGGCGGUUUCGUCGACUUUGGUCGCGUGAACGGAAACUUGGCUCUCUCGAGAGCUAUUGGCGAUUUUGAGUUCAAGAAGAGCGCCGAGCUGGCGCCCGAGCAGCAGAUCGUUACCGCAUACCCCGAUGUUAUGGUCCACGACCUGGCCGAUGAUGACGAGUUCCUCGUACUUGCUUGCGACGGUAUCUGGGACUGCCAGUCUUCCCAAGCGGUUGUCGAGUUCGUCAGGCGAGGCAUUGCCGCCAAGCAGGAUUUGGACAAGAUCUGUGAAAACAUGAUGGACAACUGCCUGGCCUCCAACUCGGAGACGGGCGGCGUUGGCUGUGACAACAUGACCAUGACCAUUGUUGGUUUCCUCAGGGGACGGACUAAGGAGGAGUGGUAUGAGGAGAUUGCCAAGCGCGUUGCCAACGGCGACGGCCCUUGCGCUCCUCCCGAAUAUGCUGAGUUCCGCGGUCCCGGUGUGCAUCACAACUUUGAUGAUAGUGACAGCGGGUAUGAUCUCGAGGACAACGGAAACAAGGGCAAGCCCUUUGGCAUGGGCGGCUACAAGGGUCGCAUCAUCUUCCUCGGCGACGGAACCGAGGUCCUGACCGACGCCGACGACACCGAGAUGUUUGACAACGCGGAGGAGGACAAGGAUCUCGCCAGCCAAGUCUCCAAGUCCCCCUCGAGCACAACACAGAACGACCAGGUCGCCCAGACGUCGGCUGCCGACCAGGACCAGAAGGAGCAGGCUGCUGUUGCCGCGGCGGCGGCGGAUAACAGCACACAACAAAACGCCAAGAAGGAGGAGGUCAGCUCGCCGGCUAAGGCUUAG